UCCGCCGUAAAUAACAGGACCUGCCGUCGUUUCAUUGCUGCCCCAUUUAUUUUCGCUGCAAGUUGCAACAGUUGUGUGUACCUAGACCUGUUGUAAAUUUGUUGGAAUCGUUUUAGAUAACAUAACUUUAACUUACGUGAUAUUUUCUGUGCAAUAACGUAUCUUUCAAUCUGUGUGUAAAGUUCAAUUAACCCCGGCAUCACCCUCCGAAAAUGGCAGCUCUAACUAAGGGAGUUUUCAUUGUGGCGGCCAAGCGUACCGCUUUUGGCACCUUCGGCGGAGCAUUCAAGAACACCAACGCAACGCAGCUGCAGACGGUAGCGGCUAAGGCAGCGCUCGAUGCAGCCGGUCUCAAGCCGGAUCAGGUUGAUUCCGUCAACAUCGGGCAGGUGUUGGUACUUUCGUCGACCGAUGGUGCUUUUCUACCCCGGCACGUGUCACUCGGCUGUGGCAUUCCGAUCGAGCGACCAGCCCUCGGCGUAAAUCGUCUGUGCGGUUCCGGGUUCCAAGCGGUGGUUAAUGGGGCACAAGACAUCCUUGUGGGUGCGGCACACAUCUCACUCACCGGCGGAGUUGACAAUAUGUCUCAGACACCGUACACGCUACGAAACAGUCGUUUCGGUAUUCCGCUUGGCACAAGCCCUCCCCUGGAAGAUGCACUAUGGACUGGUCUAACUGACUCCUACUGCAAGCUCCCGAUGGCACUGACGGCCGAAAAUCUCGCCGAAAAGCAUAAGAUUCCACGUGAGAAGGUGGACGAGUUUGCUUACCGUUCGCAGCAGCUCUGGAAGAAGGCAAACGAUGAGGGUGUGUUUAAGACGGAAAUAACUCCGUUCAAGCUAAAGGUUAAGGGAAAGGAGGUUGACUUUGCCGUCGAUGAACAUCCGCGUCCUCAGACCACACUGGAAGGAUUGACGAAGCUUCCAUCGCUUUUCAAAAAGAACGGGGCCGUUACUGCAGGAACUGCUUCGGGUAUUUGUGAUGGUGCGGCGGCAGUUGUGGUCGCUUCGGAGGAAGCGAUUAAAAAGCACAACCUGACACCAUUGGCACGAUUGGUUGCGUACAGUACGGUUGGUGUGCCACCGGAGAUUAUGGGCAUUGGUCCAGUACCUGCUAUUCGAAACGUGCUGAACGUAGCCGGUCUCAAAAUGGACGAUGUGGAUCUGUUCGAGAUCAAUGAGGCGUUCGGCGUACAGACGCUGGCUUGCGCGCAGGAACUCGGCCUCGACAUCAACAAGCUCAAUCUAAAUGGUGGUGCAAUUGCCCUGGGACAUCCACUUGGCGCUUCUGGAUCGCGUAUUACUGGUCAUCUAGUGCAUGAGUUGAAACGAAAGAACCUCAAACGGGCCGUCGGAUCGGCAUGCAUUGGAGGAGGACAGGGCAUUGCACUGCUGCUGGAAGCUGUUUAAUAAUAAAAGCGCAAUCACUAACAACUUACCCCGGAAAGAGCAAUGGGAAACGUACCUCAAAACAAAGUGUGUUUAUUUUUCUAAAAAAAACAUGUUGAAAAAAGAUUAUCAGUAGUAUAUUUAAGAAUCUUCAACGAGUAAACAGUGCAUUUUUGUCGUAAACA